AGCUACGGCCUUGGGUGGGGAGCUGCGGAUGCUGCAUGAGGACAUGCGAUUGCUUCAGACCGCAAUGCAGCAGUUGCAAGGAGUGAUGGAGAAGAUUGUUCUUGGUCUGAGCCGACUGGAGGAGCAGGUCUCUGUCCAGCUUGGUUACCUCUCCUCCCUUGCCGGCAACGUGACUGCACCGAAAUGUUCUGCAGAUGAUGCUCCCAAGGAAACUCCACCUAGUACACGUGGCCAGCAGACUGCUAGAGCUCUUCGCAGGAGCCUUAGACUCAAGAAGCCAUAUUUUUCUGACCUGGGGAAAUAGAUUUGUUUGGUGACUUUGUUUUGAGCAGGGUGUGCUGGAAGUUAUGUUGGAUGAGAAGCCUGCAGUUGAGCAGAUCUUGGUUUGGAUGGUUUAAUAACUGCAUUUCUUUAACGUUCCCUGAGCCCCGGCCGGGGUGGACUUUGUAAUAUAUUGUAUAUUAAACAGACUGAACAAAGAGGUUUAUCUUUAUUUUAUGAAAGUUUUGUUUACCUUUUUUGUGAAUUAGAACCAUUAACCUCUUAAA